AGUGAAAAUGCUGCCUGAGCUGCAAGAGUGUAUUGAGAAAACCAAGGAUAAACUUUACCAAGGAUUUGUGGAAACCGACAAAACCGGACUCCCGUGGCUGGAUUCCGUUUGUGCCGAUUUACACCAGCUGCUGCGCAUUGUGCACAAGUAUCUGAUAUUCGAGAGGAACGGUCAAAUCGGAACACUGGAGGCAUGCUUCCUGUGCAUCUCACAGAUCGUAACCUGUAUCCGGUGGCUCGAGAGGACGCUAACGGUGGAACAGAAUGCAGCACCCGAAAGUAAGCAACCGCAACCCCAAUCGAGACAAUGUUUCCUUGAGCGCAUCAUCUGGUGUUUGGAGCGCUUGAAAACGGUCCUGGAAAGUGAAGGGCCGGCCGAAAGUGUCACGGAGUCGAACUUUGUCACCUACCUUGACCUAGCGCUGAAUCUCGUCUGUCCCCUAACGGUGGCCAGUGAGGAGGAAUGCUCAGAAAGUGAGUACGAUGUCAAGUACCGGGCCGUCAUAGUCGAAAGUGGCCGUGUCCGAUCCGUCCUAGAGGCACUCAUAUCGCAAACGUUUGGCUUCUGCAACGUACUGCCGGAAGAGGACCGCAAGCGGGUGAUGAUCUGCUGCCAAAAGGUUCUGCGCGAAUGUGGCGCUCUGGAAAGGGCAGCGAGCGAUGGAACCGGUUCCAGUGAUAAGAAACUGUUCGCCAGCGUACUGGAGGCUGCCAUCUAUCAGCUGGAAACGCUCGUUAACGAGUGUUUGCUGCGCUUGGUUUACGAUUCCUUCGGAGACACCGAUCGUCGGCUGUUGACGGAACUGCAGCGGAUUCUAGCAUCGAAACCGAGCGAGGAAGAUUUAGAGGAACACACGAAGCCGUUCGAUCAGUUCGUGGAACGGCUGAUGCAGAUCGGUCUGUUUGCUAUAUCGUAUGCCGAUGAUCUGAAGGUUUCUUCUGCCAUCCGGAGUACGCUGGCAUCGAUCGAGGCCCUCGAUUCGUAUCUUAUUCCCCUGCUGUACCUUGGAACGGGCCAAAGCACGACACUGCUAGAGGAACAUUGGCUGGAAGAGGCGGCGAACCUACGGAAACACGUUAACAAGAUCAUCGAUACGAGCGCAUUCGCUUCCUCUCUGAUCGAACUUCUGGAUGCUGGAAUUGAUUCGUUAGAGCAACAAUACGAACCAGCAAAGGGGCUGGAAUUGGUACAAAAAGCGGAGAUAUUCCUACAACAUCUGGAGCAGAAUGGUACUGAAACAAAGCUGCAUGAGGAUCCGCUACAUCAACACUACAAAGCGUAUCGUAUGAUGACGCUCGAGUGUAGAGCGAUCGUCGAAUGCACGCAGAAAGAUCCAACAAUCGAUCCUGGUCGUGUGGUCAAACGUUUUCGUGUCCUGCUCGCUAAGCUGCGUAAAAUACAAUCAUCCAUCAGCAAUGGGAAAGGAGGCACGAAACCGAUCGUUCCACCGGUGGUGCCCCAGGUGGUCUUAACAGAACUUACCACUAAGAAAGAGGAACCUCCAAAUGAUUGUAUCGAAGUAAAGGAAUCGGCUCCGCCAGUAAUCGAACCGAGGGACGAGCAUGAGAAUGCAGAGGAAACCCUAAAGGAACUGUUCUCCACCGAUCAGGUCCGGAUGUCCUCAACCAACAUACUGUACCGUAGUCGCCGAGGGCAACCUGCUAAGCGUCGAAUGGAGGCAACAUCACUGCUCGAAAUCAACACGUUCACUGACAUAAUCAACUACCGGAGAACGCGUGCGGAUACGACACCGGAUAAAGGCUCUUUGAGGCGCAAAACGCCACGAAGAAACAGUCUCCGUGUGGCAAUUUUCAAGAAGCAGCAACGAAUAGAAAUGGCCGCGAUGUACGAUAGCAUCAAGAGUGACAUCGAUCUACAGAUCACAGAAAUUCUCGACGAACUUACGGAUCUUUCCGAUACCUUCUCUACUGCUGCUCCUGCGGCAACGCCUCCUGCUGCAAAGACGGAAGUGUGUCCAUCGGAAUCAUCGAAAGCGGUCGAUCGAAAGUCUAUCACCAACGAGGAGAUAGCAAUCGAGAAUGAUCAUAAGAUAAGAAUUAAUAUUUAUACUGAAAUAUUGUAAUCGAAAGUGAGAAUUAUGGGUAAGA